AGGGGAGCGGAGCUCGGGGUGGGCUGCCGCCGCCUCCGGACUUCCGGCCGCAGCCCCUGGAGAUGCGGGAGGGUUGCACCGGAGUGGCCCCGGAGCGUGCCGGCCACCCUCGAUGGCCCCGCGCGGCGCGGGGGUUCUCAGAAAGACAAGGGAAGGUUUGGAAAUGAAAAUACAGAAGGCAACUGUUAACAGCAGAUUUAAAGAUACAACCAUUUGUCUUGCACAAGAGGCUUCAGUGGGAAUUGAGAGUGCAUCAGUAGAGCAGCUGACUAUGAAUUCUGAGCAAACCAUGCAUGAAUUAGGCAAUGAAGUAACAUCUGAGGACCUGGAACUACCAGAGAGAAUCUCCAGCAACUUACAGGCCAUCGGUCCAUAUCCAGAUGAAGGGCCGUCUACAAAGUGCAGUGUACUGGAUUGUGGAAAGAAUGAUAUGAAUUAUGAAUCUGUGAUUUUUCAUCAAGUUAUCUCAGACUUAAAUAAAGAGACAUCAGUAGCAUAUCUCCAAAGAGAACUGGAAAUUCUCAGAACAAGCAAUAAAAAGCUUCAAGAAAAAUUGACUAAAGAAGAUAAGGAAAAGAGAAAAUUAAAGCUUAAGUUGGAACUCCACGAGAAAGCAGCAGAGGCUGAAAUUGCUGAAAGGACAGCAGCUUUGGUUGAAGAAGUGUAUUUUGCACAGCGAGAACGCGAUGAAGCUAUUAUGUGCAGACUGCAGUCAGCUCUUGAGGAGAGAGAUGAAGCAGUUGCACGUGUGAAGCAUAUGGAAAUGUCACUAAAACUGCUAGAAAAUAUUAACCCUGAAGAAAAUGACAUGACAUUACAGGAAUUACUGAGCAGAAUAAACAAUGCAGACACUGGGAUAGCUAUUCAGAAGAAUGGAGCUAUAAUUGUGGAUAGAAUCUACAAGACCAAGGAAUGUAAAAAGAGAAUAACCACAGAAGAAAUGAAUGCAGUGAUAGAAGAGCGGGAUGCGGCUUUGUCUCAGUGCCAACGGCUGCACCAGGAGCUUCAUCGUCUGAAAGAGCAGAGGCAGACUUCAGCAAACAACACGAGACAUCCGACUGCUGAAAACAAUCAGGAACGUGCUCUGAAGGUUAUUACCUUUUAGACUUAAUGAAAAGUGACCACUCCAAAAGAAAUAAUAAAUCAUCAGCCUUUUCUUUGUGGCGACAUUUAUUGUAACAGUUUCAAAUGUAUUGUAGUAUUUGUCACCCAGAGAACUGACACUGCUUGAAGGACAUGUGAAUUUGUUUGGAAACUGAAGGAGUGCUUUAAAUGUUAAAAGGAAAGAAAGACAAUGUAUUCAGCUGGAACUUGAAACGUGACAUAUACAUUUUAUGACAUGUUCUAUCUCGUUGUAAUACAGGUCCAGUGAUCCUGAGAAAAGCCCAUUAGUAUGGGUCUUACUAUUUGGGUAGGGAGUGUGCUCAUGACUUUCCAUUCUACUUUUUUCUGUCUCUUUUUUCAUUCUUUCUUUUCUUUGGUGGGAGGGGGGUUCAACACAGGGUUUCUCUAUAGCCCUGGCUGUCCUGAAGCUUACUGUGUGGACCAGGCUGACUUCACACUUGAAGAUCCGCCUGCCUCUGCCUCUUGAGUGCUGGGACUAAAGGCAUGUGCCACCAUGUCCUUCCAUUCUACUUUUAAGUUACUACAGUUUUUAAUAAAGUGUCUGUCCACUCAUAGUCUCAGCUCUCAAGGUGCUUGUAUGCUCAUUAACAAGUUUAGUCUGUAAGGAACAAAAAUAUUGUCUUUUAAUUGUACGACAAGAGAUUUGCUAGUUCCCUUAAAUUCAAUUUUAUCUUAGAUUAUAAGUCAGUAUCAUGCCUUUAAGAAUCAGGCACAGUAAACCAAAACUGACAAAACAACCUCAAAAAAUGCCUUGCUAUGCAAGGAUGGGGACUUAAGUAAGAUACCCAGCACUCAGAUUAAACACUGGGUCCUGAAAUGUGCAUUUGUGACCAAUGGGUCCCUGGGGCUUCCAGUCUAGCCAAGUCCAUGAGCUGUAGGAGCAGAGAGCCUCUGUCUACAAGAAUGAGAUAGUGCAAUGAAAGGACACCUGAUGUCCAUCUCUCCCUCCACAUGGACACUCACACAAGAAUAUGCACCCACACAAGAAUAUGCACCCACACAAGAACAUGCUGCCACACAAGAAUAUGCACCACACAGGAACAUGCUCCCACACAGCCAUACACCCCACUCCUACACACAUACACUGAAAAAUGUGUAUGAUGUUUUUCAUCUGGACAAAGUACGAAACUUAGUAAAAAGAUUUUUCUACAGAAUAUUUUUUAAAUUCAUAGUGGCAGACUUAUAAAUUAGUUGCCAUUAAUCCAUUUUCUAUUGAAUUUACAAGUAGACCAAAACUAUAGAUAAGAGAAUUUUAGAUUACUAUGAUUAUUUUUAAUUAUCCCCAAAGAAUAGAUAAUUUUAUGACAAUUAAGUAUAACUAUUUAAAGUGUGUGUGUACAUACAAAAUGGGAAAUAAGUGUUCUAAAGCCAUCCUCCACCAAACAUGACUCAGGACAGAGCAUGUGACAGUAUGUUAUGGCUGUUUCAAAUUAAAACAGGACCUAAGAUACAAAUUCUAACAUAGUAAUCAUUAAUAUAGUCAAAGAGAGAAAUAAUAUAAAUUUCUGUCACUUUUGCAUAUUUAUGGUAAAUGUAUUUAAAUGGCGAUGGCUAUUUAUGGAGAGAAAUACAUGCAAACUUCUGAGAAGUUAUUAAAGUUAGAAAGGAAUAAGUAGACCACCCAAGACACAUGGGAGUUCAAAGCAAAAAUGAAUCACCUGUUUAAUGGAAAUCUCUCUAGACUAUAACAUUUAAAGUAAUAUGUAAAUGUAACUCAUGUAUACUCCAGAGAAAUAUACUGCAUUGAAAUCUU